UAAACAUUUUCAAAAUAAAAAAAACGUGACAAAAUAAGGUGCUAAAAUUCACCAUUAUCACGUUUUGUAGAUCUAUUUCACAAUAUCGGCAAUUUUCCAAAAAAGGAUAAAAGAUGGGUAAGAAACGAGCAUCAAAGAAACGAAAGGCGACUGAUGAGAUCACAUCAGAGGGUGAAUCUAAACAUCCAUACAUACAGUUCACUAAGUACCCUGAGCAAGUAAAGGCAGUAAUAAAGCCUGAUGAACCGAUAGAAGAAUCAAGAAAUGAUUCCAAUAAAAAUAAAAGUCCUAACAGAAUUAAAACUAAAGCUAUUGAUGAAGACUUUGAAAAAAGGAUUCCAACCCGAAGUCAUAGAAUCGGAAGUGAUUUUUUUUCAAAAGUGAGAGAAAAAUCCAAUGAUCGUAAGAGUAAAAAAUCUGAAAAGAUGUUGAAGAACAAAACUAAGAGUGAUAGUUCUGAAGACGAUAAGAACUCUAAAAACAAUGGAGAUGAGUCGGCACAAUGUAAUGCUAGAAGUGGUGCAACGCGUAAUACCAGAAGUGGUGCAAUGCGUAAUACAAGAAGUGGUGUGUCUUCCAGUGACUUAUCAAGCUCAGAGAUUGAUGGAGGAAGAAGUCCCUAUAGGGGGCGCCCUAGUCCUAGCAGGCCAAUUGGAUCUAUGCUGAACCCUGUCUACUCAGAUGACCCUGUAGACUUUGAUAUGACCCCCCUUGAAGAACAAGAACAUGUCGCCUAUAACUAUAGCCUAACAAAGGAAAGUAUGAUCCAUGUGGACUCCAAAAGAGUAAUUCUCUCCCUUCAUCACCCCCACCAACUGAGCUUCACAGGAAAAGUGCGUUUAGGGGUACUACAUGGUGCUGUCUCUGUUCUAGGCUACCACAUCUAUCCCAAUGGUAUCACACAUCCUGUAUAUUCCCCAGAAUGCAAUAACUACAUCACCAUAGUAACCGAGUCAACUACAGCACAACAUAUCCACAGGGAGGAUAUCCAAUCCCUGGGAGAACUUUGCAAUCAUUAUGACAUUGCAACAUCCAUAUACAACAAACUAAAGAAACAUGAAAACGAUCCUGAAAUAUCAUUACUGUUGCUGGAAAAUUUAGACUGUGAUGUAUGUAGAUAUCUCUCCAGUGUGCCUGGAAAUACAGAGUUGCUCAUGAAGCAGCCUAAGGGAUAUAAAGAGCGUCCUGAUCUGCUCCCCCAGGAGAGUGAUGUGAUCCUGAAGGAGAUAGGUGUAUAUCUUCAAGAUUCAAGUGCUCCUGUUGUGGGCCUUGACAAUGUAACUACUGAUGUUUGUGAUACAUUUGUUAAGAGAAUUUCAGCUAAUUCAGGAUCAAUGCCAAUUGUUGCAGUAUGUGGGGGAAAAAGUGUUGGAAAGUCCACUCUGUCUAGAAUACUCAUAAACAAAGCCCUCAACUGUAUAGAGCGAGUGGCAUAUCUUGACUGUGAUCUUGGUCAGACAGAGUUCACUGCCCCAGGUAUGGUGUCACUAUCUAUCGUGGACACUCCCGUGUUAGGACCACCAUUCACUCACCAGAGGGAAACAGCAAUUCAGAUAUAUGUCGGAGCUGUGUCACCUGCAGAUUGUGUUCUCCACUACCUGAGGUGUCUUCGUAGGUGUUACCAGAAGUACCAGGAUGUAGCGCCGUCAAUACCCCUGAUUGUAAACACAAUGGGCUGGAAUCAGGGUAUGGGAAUUGUCCUGCUUGCUGAAACAUUUGACAUCAUCCGACCAACAACAGUCAUCCAGAUUGACCACAUGACCCAGAAUAAAAACUAUCCUCCAAUCACAGGAGAGUUCAUAUUUUCUGCAUCACGUUUCCUUGAAACUGAUGUGAGUAGCAGCACUAGCAGACAUCAAGACCAUGAACUUUUCAUCACCUCGAGUUUAGUGAUUGGCUCCAAUCAGAGGAGGACUGGAUUUGGAGCUCCUGAUUUACGUGGAUUUUCCCUGAUGUCAUCCUUUGCUGCACCCAUUCUCUCAUCAUUUUCCCGUUCGUUGACUGGUGUCUCCCCCUAUGAAGUGCCCUGGUCAUCAGUAGCGGUACAUGUGUGCAACAACCAGGUGCCACGAUCUCAGAUCCUAUACAGUCUGAAUGCAUCUGUGGUUGGCUUGUGUAAACUUAACACCUCUUUGUUUGUAAAGUUUGGUGAUGACCUUCCAAUGUUCCUAGAGGAAACUCCUGUCACAGAGUGCCUAGGUUUGGCUAUUAUACGAGGAAUAGACCCCAACAGGAAGAUCUUCUAUGUAGUGACCUCCCUCCCCACUACAGAGCUCAGCAAAAUUAAUGUAUUUUUGAAAGGUGCUGUGGACAUUCCUCAAUCAUACCUCAUUCAUAAAAAGCCUGUGGGGAAGCCAAUGCCAUACAUGGAUGAUUAUAAGGCAGGGAAAGGAACCCACACUGCGAAACGCAUCUUCAAACAAUACAGAAAAUAUGCAGAUAGACUUUAAUAAUGGAUUCCAUAUUGUUGAUAACAACAGUUUUGAUUAUAAGUCUGAUGAACACUUCAUUUCUAAUUCGAUUUAAGUGUUCCUCCUUACCUUAAACUUUUGAAUAAUUAGUCAAUAUAGAAAUUGAAACAUCCACUUUAAAUAGAUGUCACUAAAGUUGGAUUUAUACAUGCACCUUCUUUGUACAGCUCAUGUACACCUAACCUUGAAGAACACCACAUAUACCAUCUUUAUUAAGGGGCUUCAUUAGCAUUUCUGACAUCAGGCAAAAUGAGAGAAAAUAACAUGCAAGCCAAAUAAUUGGAAAUUGUAAUUUUAUCACGGAAACAAUCGGAAAAAUUCUGCAAGCGACAGGCAAUUAUGAUAGAAACACCCUAAGAAAAUUGCCUAUUUCUGCAACGCCUGUGUAUUAUGGGUAGAUAAGAUCCUUAUAAUGCUGAACUAUUGUUGUUGUUCCAUGAAAUUAUAGAAGGAGCUGAAGUGAUUGUUUUCAGUUCCACUUGUUCUUGUCUCUUAUUGCGGAUGCAGUCAUAUCCGCUGAUAAAUUGAUUGUUCAUAUUCUGUUAUGCAGCCGAUAAUGUGCAUAUAUUUGAUAUGGUAAUCAAUAUUUUUAAAUUGAGUAAUAAAUGAAAUGAG